AUGGCUUCUGGGCAAUGUCUAAACAAGCAGAAAACUUCUAUCAUGUUUAGCUCCAAUGGGAGGAAUGAAGAUUGGGACAGAAUAGUGGAGGAGCUUGGAGGUAGGGUGCAAAAUAACUAUGAACGAUACUUAGGUCUACCUACUCUAGUGGGAAGAUCAAAGUAUAAUACUUUUCGAGGUAUUAAGGAUAGGAUCUGGCUCAAGAUUAAUAAUUGGAAAAAUUAUUUUCUUUCACCUGCUGGAAAGGAGGUUCUUCUAAAGGCAGUAGUCCAGGCUAUUCCAUCCUACCACAUGAAUGUCUUUGCUUUACCAAAAAAGUUGUGCAAGGAGAUUGAUGUUCUCAUGUCUAAAUUCUGGUGGGGCUAUAAGGACAAUGACAAGAAGAUUAAUUGGAUGAAGUGGAGCCGAAUGGGAGAGUCAAAGUUCUAUGGGGGAUUAGGGUUUAGAGAGCUGGAGAGUUUUAAUAAAGCUCUUCUAGCAAAACAAUGUUGGAGAGCUUUAAUUAAUCCUAAUUCUUUGGCUGCUAGAGUUUUGAAAGAUAAAUACCAUAAGCAUGCUAGUGUGCUGGAAGCAAAGCUUGGAACUAACCCCUCACUGAUUUGGAGGAGCUUAUGGGCUUCUCUAGAGCUUUUGAGAGAUGGAUUGGUGUCGAGAGUUGGAAAUGGCAAGAGAAUAAGAGUGGGAGGAUAG